AUGAGACCGGAGAAUCUCCUCCACCGCCCUACCCACACCCAAUACUGCACUCUCGGCUGCCCGAUCCUCGACGACUUCCUCGGCGGCGGAAUCCCCUGCAACUCAAUCACCGAACUCGUCGCCGAAAGCGGUUGCGGCAAAACCCAACUCUCUCUCCAACUCCUCUUUACCGCUCAACUUCCUCUCCACCUCAACGGCCUUUCCGCCUCCUCUCUCUAUCUUUACUCCGAGUACCCAUUUCCCAACCGCCGUUUAGACCAACUCGUUGAAUCGUUCCGGUCGUCUCAUCCGAUCUUAUUCGCCUCUUCUCGUGACCCUCGUGAUUACAUAUUCACCCGCAACUGCCAGACUGCACAAGACCUGCUCGACGUAUUGCUCUUGUUGGAGUCUCGUCUUGAGAAACCAAAGGAAACCCGGUUGGAUAUCAAAUUGAUUGUGAUUGAUUCGAUUGCUGCUUUAUUCAGAAGCGAUUUUGACAACAAUCCAACAGAUCUUAAGCGGAGGUCCUCGUUGUUCUUCAAAAUCUCCUCCAUUCUGAAGUCACACGCUAGGCGUCGUGGUAUUGCGAUUGUGGUUACAAACCAGGUGGUUGACUCAUUCGAAGAUAAUCAUGGGUCAAGUGGUGUCCGAGUUGGGAAUCUGGAGUCUUUGUAUACAUCUGGAAGACGAGUUCUUCCAGCUUUGGGAUUGUCUUGGGCUAACUGUGUUAACUCAAGACUGUUUUUGUCAAGACACGAGGUAAUAGAAGGUGUAGAAAAUGGUUUACCUGAUUCUGAUUAUAGUGGUUAUGUCAGUAGACGAAAAAGGAGGGAACUUCAUGUUGUUUUUGCCCCCCAUUUACCUCAUUCAUCUUGUGAGUUUGUUAUACGAAGGGAGGGUGUUUUUGGUGUUGAUGAAUGUCUUUAA